UCUUAGCUCCAUACAAAUAGCAGGUUUGAGUUUAGGGUUAGGGUUAGGGCCGACUCAACCAACAUAUCAAAUUGACAGAGCCAUUGCCAUACCCGACCGAAAGCAAAGGUGAGAGGGCGUGGAGUCUGAGAGAAGAGCAGAAAGUCCACCGAACCAAACCAAUUUCACAGAGAGAGAGAGAGAGAGAGAGAGAGAGAGAGGAUGGGCAGCGAAGAAGAGAGCGCAGUGAAAGAGCCGCUCGACCUCAUCAGGCUUAGCCUGGACGAGAGAAUCUACGUCAAGCUUCGUUCUGAUCGAGAGCUCCGCGGGAAACUUCACGCCUAUGACCAGCAUCUAAAUAUGAUACUUGGAGAUGUUGAAGAAAUUGUGACAACAGUGGAGAUUGAUGAUGAGACCUAUGAGGAGAUAGUUCGAACGAACAGGAGGACGAUCCCGUUUCUGUUUGUACGGGGAGACGGAGUAAUACUGGUUUCUCCGCCUCUGCGGACAGCUUAAUGGAGGGAAGAGUGCCUGUCUUUUGCCUCUUUGCAGGCAGUGUUGGACUUGACUAUAUAUAUAUAUAUAUCAGUGGGGGCUAUUAUUGCUUUCGGUUUGCAGUAUCAAGUGUGCUGUGACUGACUCAGAGGAGGCAGCAGCAGCAGCUACAAUUGAAAUUAGAAUGUGAUUGUGGUUGUUGCAGGGUAGAAGAACUACUUUGUAUCCUAAAAACAACAGUAGUGUUUGUUUCUGUAGUAAGAAGCCAAGCAAGCAGCCACAACUUGAAAGUGUAGUAAAUGUUCUUUCUUGUAUUUAUUAUAGGAGAUGACUUGAUCUAUUACACACUCCUGAUGCAACCCUAAACCCAUCACCCAUUUGAGAAUCUAUUUUACUGUGGUUUUUCAGUUCAA